AUGAAAAAUUUAAUAAAAUGUCAAGAUAAUUAGAUAUUGGAAGAUGAUGAAGAAGAACUCGAAAAUACAAAUAACUAAAAAAAGAAACUUCAAUUUAUUAAUAGAUUGUAAAGGAAAAAUAAUAAAUCAUUUGAUUAAACUUGGCUUAAUGCUAUAACUUAAGAAAAUAAAAAUGAAAUACAGGAUAAAAUUAAGUUAGCUGUUGGAGAUAGUAAAUUUAAGUUUAAGUACUUAUUUUAAAUACCUUAAAUAAUAAAUAAUCCUAAAUUAGUAUAGAGAAAGAAAACAUAUGAAAUAUUUACUAAAAACUCUUAACUAGAACAAUAUUAUUUAUAAUUAAAAAAAGCAUCUUCAGGUGCUGCAAGAUCUAUAUCAUCAAAAGCUGAUUAUAAGGAUAUUUUAAGUUAAAUCUCUAAUAACAAAGUACAUGAUACCUAUUAACAUUAAUUUAAAUAAAAUAAUGGAGUCAUAUAUACUAAUGAAUUAUGGUCUUAAAAAUUAAGAAAUCAAAUUUAUGAUUAAUCUAGAUUAAAAGAAUUAUCAGAACUAUUAGAAAUGAAUAAAAUCAAGAUGAGUUAUGAAGAAUAACUAAUGAAUUUUCAAGAAUAUUUUGUUAAAAAAUUAAAACCAAAAAAAUAAUCAAUUACUGAAAUGAAAUAAAUAAUUGAAUCUGCUUUUUUUUCUGAAAAUCUCUAAUCUCAAAAAAGUGAUACAAAUAAAGAAGUUAAGAUAUAACAUAAAAGUUUGAUUUCGUAUUUUAAAUCUUAAAAUGAAGAUUAAACUUAAGACUUUUCAACAAAACAUAGUAGAAUGGCAUCUCGAAAUUAAAGUUAAGGAUUAAGGCCAUAAUCUUAAGAAAUGAGUUUCCUAAGCAGAAGAGCCUCUACAUCUCAAUAAAAUACUAGAAUGAUGAUGGUUCCUUAAUUUUCUGCAUUAAAUUCACCUGUCAACUCACCAGUUAAUAGAUUAGAUUAAAUUGUUUAGGAUACAAAAAGUGAGAAUUAAAGUACAAAAUAAACAAUAAAAUAAAUAAAUAAUUUUAUUAAGAAAGAAAAUGAAAUUCAAGAAAAGAUACGUGAUGAUAGAAUGAAAAAAUAUAGAGUAUAAGCAUUAAAUAAUGCAAUAAAAUUAAAGAAAAAUCGUGAAACUAAUUCUCAUAUAAGAAAUGAAUAAUGA